CGCGGCGGCGUUGGCCGAAAAACAAACCUCGGUCCGUGGCAAGUUACGCUACCUACUGCUGCCAUGUAGCCAUCUGGAAUCGAUGAAUGAACAAUGAGCAAGCACAGCACCGCCCCAGCGCCUUCGAUAUUCCCUUUUGUCCAGGCCUGUCAUUCUGACCUCCAACUCGCCCCGCGUGCAUUCUCUCUACCGCAAUAGGUACUCGUGUACUCAGAACUCAAGCACAGGCACAUACCAAGGUACAUCGUAUCGAGCUGCUUGCGGAACCGCGCGACGAGCCAGCCAAUCCGGCCAACCCCGCAAAAAUCGCAACCUUUCGCCAUCUUUCACAGCCUGCCUGCUCACCCUGACGUCGCCAUCCGAAUAACUCUUCACGUGUCGCAAGCAGAGGCAGAGUCCGCCCUCUCAUGACGGCCUGGUGAGUUGGCACAUACAGAGGAGAAAUGGCCUCACCAUCACCGCCAAAGCCAUGGGAAAGGAGCGCAGGUGCAACCAGCGCCUCGGUUGGCCUCACAGGAAGCAGCUCAGCAGCCCCUACCGCAUCUCCCACAUCAUCUUCAUCGCCACCACCUCUCCCAGAAAUUCCUAAUGCGCUUACGUCCACGGCAAACCGCAACGCGACAAACUACUCAAACAUGAACACAAACCGAUAUCAGUCACCAUACAGCAACUACGGGGGCGGCUACAAUAACUAUUCAUCGCCCUAUUCUAGGAUGGGAGGUUACGGUUCCAUGGGUGGCAUGUAUGGAGGCAUGGGUGGUAUGGGAGGCAUGUACGGCGGCGGUAUGGGUAUGGGCAUGGGCAUGGGCGGCAUGUAUGGAGGAGGAAUGGGCAUGCCCGGGGACCCAAACAAUAUGAGCCUAACGCAGUCCUUUAGCCAAAGCACACAAACGACCUUCCAGUUAAUAGAGGGUAUCGUGGGCGCUUUCGGCGGUUUCGCACAGAUGCUGGAAAGCACAUAUAUGGCGACACAUUCCUCAUUCUUUGCUAUGGUGUCAGUUGCAGAGCAAUUCGGAAAUCUGCGUCAAACUCUUGGUUCCGUUCUCGGCAUCUUUACACUCAUGCGCUGGAUCCGCUCCGUCAUCGCAAAACUUACAGGUCGCGCUCCACCAGCAUCAGGCAAGGAACUCACCCCCGGAAACUUUGCUGCAUUCAACGGCGUCGGUCCAGACGGCUCGCCCAUGCCCAAACCGUCCAAAAAGCCUUUCGUCGUCUUCAUGCUGGCUGCCUUCGGACUUCCCUACCUCAUGGGUAAACUUAUCAAAGCACUCGCCCGUUCUCAGGAAGAAGAGGAGAAGCGACGAAUGGCCGAGAAUCCUCAAGCCGGCGCCCUAGGCGAACCUAUUGAUCCCAACAAGCUUGAGUUCUGCCGUGUCUUGUAUGACUUCACACCCGAUGCCAACGCAAACGCGGUUCAGGGACUCGACCUCGCUGUCAAGAAGGGCGACAUGGUCGCUGUACUCAGCAAAUCGGAUCCUUUGGGUAACCCUUCGGAGUGGUGGAGGUGCCGCUCGAGAGACGGCCGCAUGGGCUACUUGCCUGGUGUGUAUCUCGAGGUGAUCCAGCGCAGACAACCACCCGCGCAGAUCACGGCGACUAGCCAGCCUGGAAGUCCGACGGUCGGAAGCAGAGCGCAUACCAUGACGAGCAGCUCAGCAGCAGGGAGUAGGACCGCCACUAUGACGGAGCAGGGCAAGGUCGCAGAAAAAGUGCCGCUGGUUGCGGGUAAGGCUGGGGAUCUGGGGGUAGAGAGCUUCCAGAAGGGAGCCUUUUAUUCAUAG